CAGGUACAAAUACGAUAAGACUUUAAAAGACCUGUCCGUAAUAUGGAUCUUGUGAAAUACUUCAGUAAUUCAAGUAUAAAACCACCGGUGUUCAAGUCCGCUGACACAAAUUGGAACAUCGUGCAUGCAACAGAUAACAAUCAAAUGCUGAAGGCUUUUAUUUUAGCGGCCGCAUUGGCGGUAGCUUCGGCAGAAAACUCUUACGUCGUUCUUACUCCGAAGAGUUUCCGACCUGGCGUCCCACUCAACAUAAGCGUCAACGUCCUGAAAGCGUCAGGCGACGUCAACGUUAGGGCUGAACUUUUCGACGACAGCACGAAGGCCGUAAUAGCUUCUGCACAUAAAUCCGUUACUCCCGGUUCUGUAACUUCAAUUCAGAUCAAUGUUCCGGACAACUUGCACAUCGGGUCCUACAAAAUCCAAGUACAAGGUUCCGGUCACGGUCUACACUUCCAGAACGAGACCUCCAUCAACUACGAAAUGAAGAGCAUCUCGAUCUUUAUUCAGACGGACAAGGCCAACUACAAACCUGGGCAAACAAUAAAUUUCAGAGCCUUUGCAGUCUUCCCGAACUUGACUGUUUAUACUGGAAGUUAUGAUAUUGAAAUCUACGACCCCAACAUGAACAAGAUCAAGCAAUGGCUCGGCCUGUCCGAUGCCAGCGGCGUCGUAACCAAUUUCCUUGAGAUGGACACACAGCCGGUGAUUGGAGACUGGAAGGUGAAGGUUACAGCACAUGGAAGAUCUACAGAGAAAAUAUUCGUCGUUGCUCAUUACGUGCUUCCUAAGUUUGAGGUCAAAGUCGAACUGGCUUCGUUUAUUCUUACCUCCGAUAACGCACUGAAUGGGAAGGUCAGCGCCAUUUAUACGUACGGUAAGCCGGUGCAGGGAACGGCCAACUUAAUUGUGAAGUAUAAGAACUGGUACCGCCCAUAUAACUACCAUGGUGACGAGCCACGCGUGAUGCAAGCACUGACUCUUUCGGUCGAUGGUACUGCCUCGUUUUCCAUCCCACUCGACGCUAUUAAGACGAUAAACAAAUACUUGGACGGACGCACUUUGACGGUAGAGGCCAACGUAACGGAGAGCCUUAAUCACAUCACCUUAAGUGGAAAAAACGAAGUGAAAAUUUAUGACCGUGCCUGGAAAAUGGAGUUCCUGAAAUCUUACCCAAACACAUUCAAGCCCGGGCUCUCCUACACUGCAUAUCUACGAGUCUCACAGCAAGAUGACCAUCCCAUUCAGGGUGUUCGUGAAGAUGUGCGAGUUACCGUAACGUGCUUUUACCAAGACAAGGGCGAGGCAACCACGCCCUAUCCCUGGUACGAGCCCCCACGGCACAGAUACAUGCUUCCAGAGCAGACCUUAACAGUACCGGACAAUGGUAUUGUGCCGAUCCAGGUCGACAUUCCAAAAAACUCAACCAGCGUCUACGUACUGGUAGUAGUUUUUUGUGUAUUUAAAUGGGCAAUCUAUGGAAAAUCCCAAUAUGAUUCAGAUCUCGAACUGAGCAAGAGUUACUCACCGAGUGAUAAUUACAUGCAGCUCUCCUUGAAAUCUUCUAACCUACGGGCCGGCCAAGUGGCAGUAUUUGAUGUUCGAUCAACGGAAACCAUUUCGAAUUUGUUUGUCCAGGUCAUGUCCCGUGGUAAUGUCGUCAUGGCUGGGACGGUUUCCGGAAGUACAUUCAGUAUUCAUAUUGACUCCAAGAUGGCCCCGAACGCUCGCAUCAUUGCUUACUACGUACGUGCUGACGGCGAGGUCGUCACUGACAGCAUUAGCUUUGAUGUAGAUGGCGCUUUCCAAAACCAGGUUUCUCUGUCGUUCGACAAGACCAAGGCUGCUCCCGGGGAUAACGUGAACGUGAUCGUCACAGCGGAUCCCCAGUCGAUCGUAAAUCUACUUGCCGUUGACCAGAGCGUCCUGCUGCUCCGAUCCGGAAAUGACGUCACACAGUCAGAGGUCAUCGACGAGUUGAAGUCGUACGACACAAUCAGCCAUGAUAGCAGCUCCUUCUGUUGCGACUUUAUGCCAACGGCCAUGGGCGGGCGCCGCAAACGCAUGGUCUGGUGGCCGUACCCGAGAUACUUCGGAGGGGCUGAUGCACAGACCAUUUUUGACAACUCUGGUGUCAAGGUUUUGACCGACGCUAACGUCUUCCACCACAACGAACCAAUCAUUUUGAGCCCACAUUACCACGGUUUCAUCAUGGGUUUGCCAGAAGUAAAUAGUGUUGGUACGGCUACAGCUGGAUCUUCAUCCCCAGUGCCCUUACAAAUACCAGACCGUAUUCGCAAUGUCUUCCCAGAAACAUGGCUUUGGUCAAACUCUUCCACUGGAGCGGACGGCACAGUUACUAUUUCAACCACUGUACCUGAUACAAUCACAUCUUGGAUAGCAAGUGCGUUUGCAGUUCACUCCAAGUCAGGCUUGGGAAUCGCUUCCUCUCCAGCCAAGAUUGAGGCAUUCAAGCCUUUCUUCGUGAGCCUCAAUCUGCCGUACUCAGUUAUCCGAGGGGAAGAGCUCGCUCUUCAAGCAAACGUCUUUAACUACAUGUCACAGGAUCUGGAUGUACUGGUGACCUUGAAGGGUUCGUCAGACUUCAGGAGCAUGACAGUUGACGCUAACGGUCACGUCAGUUAUGGAACACAGACGCAAACGAAGACAGUCCACAUCCCUGCCGGGGAAGCCAAGUCCGUGUUUUUCCCGAUUGUUCCCGCCUCCCUGGGCACGAUACCUCUGACUGUGACCGCCCAGUCAGCCCUCGCAGCUGACGGGGUACAGAGGCAACUUCUUGUUGAGCCUGAAGGAGUCGCUAGGUAUUACAGCAACCCAAUCUUGGUAGACCUGAAGAAUCAGACGACAUUCAGCCAGGUUGUUGACAUCUCUAUGCCUCAAACGGUCGUCGCCGGCUCACAAAAAAUCGUCGUUACCGCAAUUGGUGACCUUCUUGGACCAACGGUAAACAAUCUCGACAAACUGCUUAAAAUGCCGACCGGAUGUGGCGAGCAGACGAUGCUCGGCUUCGCGCCAGACGUUUUUGUAACUAACUACCUGACGGCAACCAACCAACUGACGGGAGAUAUCAAGGACAAGGCAAUCAGCUUUAUGGAGAAGGGGUAUCAACGUGAACUUACAUAUCAACACAAGGACGGCUCAUUCAGCGCUUUUGGUGACCGGGACCCCUCUGGAAGCAUGUGGCUGACUGCAUUUGUUGCCAAGUCAUUCCACCAGGCCAAGAAGCAAAUCUUCAUCGACGACGAUAUACUGACUCGAGCCAUCGAAUGGAUGAUCAACCGACAGAAAGCCGACGGCUCGUUCCCAGAGCCUGGUCAUGUGAUCGAUAAGUAUAUGCAGGGUGGAGCUGCAUCCGGCGUCGGUCUCACUGCUUUCGUUCUGGCAUCACUUUUUGAAAACAAUGAUCUUCAAGGAAGCAUUCAUCAGAGAAUCACACAAUCUGUGGCACUGGCAAAACAUUACCUGGAGUCCCAAAUUACAACGACAAAUGAUGACUACGUUCUUUCCCUUUGCAACUACGCCCUGACACUUGCAAAAAGUCCAGCUGUACGUGACAUCCAGACCAAACUUAAGAAUGAUGCAAUCGUUAGCGGAGGCACCAUCCACUGGCACAAGGACCAGGCAGCCUCCAUUCAGAGCCACUGGCAGCCCGCCCACUCACAGGCAAAUCCUAUCGACAUUGAAAUGACGGCGUACAACCUGCUGGUGACGGCGGAGGCCGGAGAUAUAAGCGUGGGUCUUCAGAUAAUAAAGUGGAUCACGGCCCAGAGGAACUCUAAUGGAGGCUUCAGUUCAACACAGGACACCGUUGUUGCCCUUCAAGCCUUGUCCAGAUUUGCUGCUAUGAUCUUCUCAGACACGUUUAACAUCCAAGCCACAGUUACAGCUGGAACUUUCACGCAUACAUUCAACAUCAACAAGCAGAAUGCUCUUGUCAUGCAGUCCGUUGUAUUGUCAUCGAUUCCAAGCCAGGUUUCUGUUAGCGCAACUGGUCACGGAAUGGCUCUGUUGGAUGUCGGACUCUCGUUCAACGUUGAACAAGAAAUUGAGACGCCCUCCUUCCAGAUCGAUGUCACCAUAGUUACUGAAACCAUAGAUAUGCUGUCAGUGAAAUCAUGUGUCAACUGGUUGAAGGCCGGUACUAGUGGAAUGGCCAUUCAGGAGUUUGGCAUUCCAUCUGGGUUCGAAGCGGAUCUUGAAAGCAUUGAAGAAGUAGUGGAGAUCAAACGUGUUGAAACUAAGGACAGAAAGCUCGUUUUGUACUUCAAUCAGAUUACCCCUACGCCCCUGUGCCUGUCGCUGGAUAUUAUCCGAACUGGAAUGGUGGCCAAGUCACAACCAGCUGCUAUCCGUGUAUAUGACUACUAUCAGCCGAGUAACCAAGUAACGUCAUUCUACCAGUCGAAAAGUCUACAGAAUGCACAUGUCUGUGACAUCUGUGCCGAGUGUGGCUGUAAGGGCAACAUAGUCGCCAUUGGAGGGUAAGGGAAUGGAAGGAUCGUUCAAAGGAAGUCCGGAAACAAAUCCUUGACACUUUUUAAGAUUUUUUGUUAUUGUUAAAACAUAAGCACUGUUAGUGUAUGACGUGAAAUGAUUUAUAUCCAAACAUAUUUGUAAUAACAAGACAAUUAUUUAUUUUAAACGAUUA